GAGACAUAACACCAUUUUUAAAUGUAGCGCUUUUAGGGAAGGAGCAAACCCCGUAGAAGAGGUAGACCCCCCCCCCCAGCAGGUGACCCGCCUCACCGCUGAUGGACCACUCAGGUCUGGAUUUCACUCAUCAGGUGGUUUUUGUUCAGGAAACGAGAGAUUAGAUCAGAAGUACCAAAGCAGUCUGGGUCUCCGAGGUCAGCGGCGGAAACGUUUUUGUACGGAAAGCCAACAGGGUCAUCAUCCUUGUGCUGUUAAACACCCUCUGAUCCAUGAAAAUUUUCACCAGUUUCCUUAUAAAGAAGCGUUCUACGUUUGUUUCUCUGGCCUGUUUUACCGAAGUGUGAACGGUUCAAAGGUCAGAGGUCAAACAUGUUCCUCUGAAACGGUCAGCUGAGAGGACGCUUUUUGAGCCAGUUCAAACUACGGCUACGGAGUUGUGUUUUCUUUUCUGGAGGAGAACCAGGAAGCAGGAGCAGAGCAGUGCUUCUAACUGAGCCUCCUUUGGUUGAAGACCCGUUGGAGCGCGAACAGAACCAGAACAGGCAGCGUUAACGGGUCGAGCUGGUCAGAGCGCUUCUGGGCCCAAACAUCUCCUGAUUGAACUGCUUUUGUGGAAAAAACAUUUCUUGGAAUCCCAGAUUUCUUCCAGAAGUCAUUUAUCUUCUGCUUCAUUUCUCCCAAAGCCUCCACACCGCCGCGCCUCCUCCACCUCCACCUCCUCCACUCCGACUCUUUCUGCACCAUAAAACGGCCACAAACACGCCUCUCGUUCCCAGAGCCAGGCCAGGCACGUUUACGACCUUCCUGCCGAGCCCUCCGGUCCACUCAGACAGCACGCGCUUCCUGAUCGCUCCAAUUAUUCUGAAUCAUUUCACUUAAGGACCCAGAUGCUACCUGUCUGCUGCCCGGGGCUGAGAGGGUGAUUAGGGCCGGCCGCUGAUGGAUAAAUGCUCCAUACUUCUGCCUGACUGGCUGCGCCUCCUUAUCUGUCAUGAUGUCGUGUGCACCUCGCCCCCAGCGCGCCCCCUUCGUGGCCAACGCCUCCUUUUUUUGUUUUGCUACCUGUUUCAGAGGCUGGGUCUGCGCCUGAGAGGAGACACGAUGGAGGGAGAAAGCAGCUCUGAAGCAGAAAACCUUCAGAACGUGACUAGAACCGACAGCAGGACAGGCAUCCAGGUGGUUUCCUGCUUCUAAACCCCGGUCAUGGUGAACCGGGGUCCUCGCCCUUCAGCCAGCUUGACUAAGGAGAUGGAGCUGACGGUCACGGACUGCGUCGCCCUGUCUGUCUACACCUUCACCUUCCUGCUCGGGCUUCCUGCCAACCUGUUCGUCCUCUUCGUUUACGUCCGCAAGGCUCGCAAACACGGUGCCACACCCAAUGUGGUCUACGCCCUCAACCUGUGCUUGGCCAACCUGGUGCUCGUGGCCUGGCUGCCCGUGAAGGUCUCGGAGACGGUGCUGAAUGUCUGGACGCUGCCGCCGCUCGUCUGCCCCGUCUUCAGCUUCUUUCUCUACUCCUCGCUGUACGGCAGCUGCCUCUUCAUCACCGCCGUCACGGUGGGCCGCUACCUCAGCAUCGCCUUUCCCAUUAUCUACAAGAGGUACCGCCGUGCCCAGCUGUCCUGCUUCAUCUGUGUGGCCCUGUGGGCGGUGGUGAUGCUGCACCUUAGCGUUAGCCUAGUGGCUGAGGGCGGGGCCUAUUUUGUCGGUGUUAAGGAUGACGCCUCUGCUUGUUACGACCAUUUCAACAGGUCUCAGCUGGACGUCCUGCUGCCUCUGCGUCUGGAGAUGGCCAUCGUUUUGUUCAUGCUGCCUCUGAUCGUGACGUCUUUUUGCACGCUACGGUGCGUAACGUUGGUGUGGCGCUCAAAUCUGCCCCCUGUGGGUAAGAGGAGAGUCCUGGCCGUGGCGCUGUCCACGCUGGCCGUGUUUGUGAUCUGCUACGCGCCCUACAAUGCCUCACACGUUGUGGGCUUCCUGCAGGACGACAACGUGGAAUGGAGGAGUCUGGCGAUGCUGACCAGCUCCUGUAACGUCUUCCUGGAGCCCGUGGUCAUGUUGAUGCUUUCACCGGCCGUGUCCAAAGGCAUUCUGGGAAGACUUUGCGGCCAGAUGAGCCACUUCCGGAGGAGCAGUGGGUGUCGACACCAAGGUAAACCCAUCAGUAAGUUCACCAACGUCAAGCUGCCGCCCACGCUGUCUGAGAGGAGCCAGGUGGGAGUAGAGGUGACGAAAGAGAGUCAUGGGUGAUAAGUCGUCAGCGUUCACCUGAGAAGAACCCGCGGCUGUGACGUCGCUCUUCAUCGCUGACCAAACAGAAAAAGACCGCAGCAUCUUUCUGGCAGGAAGUCCAGACCAGUCCCAGCUCGUUGUGUCAGGUGGAUCUGGACCUGACUUUUUAGAAAAGCCUCCGGCUGGGUUUGACUUCACCUGAGCUCACCUGAGUCAGGUGAUCAGUUUGGUGACAGAUGGCUCCAUCCUGCGUCCGCGGUAACAGAUUUCAACAAAACAGAUGAUCAAUUUUAUUAUUUGUUUCUUGAUUGGUACAAAACCCACAAAUUUCCCAAAUAUCUGACGCUCAGUUAUUACAGGUUGGUCACUCAUUAAAUCAAAGUUGUGUUUUAGGUUUGUUCUCACUGCUAAAUUAUUCACCCAACCCUCCAUCAGUGACUGGAUUAGAGACGAUUUCUACUGUCAAACCUGAAGAAUCUGGUUUUAUUUGCUCUGUGCCUUUUCUUUUUACUUCAUCGCUCCUUAAUAAAUAAACUGAAUGAAAACAGAAAAUUAU